AUGGUUCUAGAAGAGGAGGAACUGUCAAAGAGAUGGGAAAGGCUUAACCUGUCCAGUGAAGAGAGCUCCAUCUUUCAUGUUCCUCAUAAGACAAAGAAGUGGGCUCGAGGCAACCAUUGCAUUGUGGGUAGAGUACUGACAGAAAAAGGUGUGAAUAAUGAAGCAUUCCGAAAGACUAUGUCACAAGUUUGGAGGCUGGAGGGUUGGGUGAGAUUUAAGGAGGUGGGUGGCCAGAGUUUCUUGAUUGAGUUCCAACAAGUGACUGACAAGGAAAAGACACUUAGUGGACGUCCAUGGUUCUUUGAUAGGAACCUUGUGACUUUCCAAGAGGUGGAUGACUCUGUCUCUAUCAACUCCAUGCAUUUUAAGUUUGAACCAUUUUGGGUUCAACUCCAAAACUUGCCCCUGGCAACCAUGACUGAGGAGGUGGGGAAUCAAUUUGGGGCUUCCAUUGGUCAUGUCAUUAGGGUGGAUGCCGAGUUUGAUGGUUUGGCUUGGGGAAGAUGCCUUCGAGUGAGGGUGGCUGUAAAAUUCUAUAACAUGUAA